AUCUGAGACGCGCACGCCAGUAGACAUCCGCUCCCAUUGUUGAAACUCCGCGGCGAUGACGCUUGAACGUUGAACAAUAUACCCUCGUAAACAUAUACUCAUCUUAUCCCGUUCAAUCUACACGUUAUAUUUGUCUGACUCGGAUCUCAGCAGUUCUUCCGCAUUCACGUUCCUUUAACUAAACGAAACGCUAGCCAGUCACGGUGGUACCAAAGAUCAUAUGUAUAGAAAUACCACUGAAACGCCAAGGUGCCAACAUGGCAGACAUUAAACACAUGUAACUCGUUCUCUGGUGUCCUCCCGCUAAAUGUGUGGUAUAUAUAAAGGCAAGCGUUUCAACAUGAGCUUGUUUCAAUUGCAAAGGCCCAAGUCGUCACUAACAGCCCCCCAAUUGACGUCGCCUUCACGGUUAGGGCCUGCCCCUGACCAAGAUUCAAUGCGAUCAAGCUUACAAUUACGUCUCGAGCACCUUGACCGAGUCUACUAUGAUAGGGUAGACUGUGUUUACAAAGAAGUGCAGGAAUCACGCGCCCUCAUGACAGAACUUGUCACUUGCCAAUCAAACAUCACCAUGGAGGAUGAGAGUACAUUGGAUAACAGUGUUGACUUCCAGGCAAUGAUUUAUGACUCUGACCCUCAGACCAUCAUGCCUCUUGCCCUAGAUGAGCUGAAUGCUAUUUCACCGUCGCUGACCUCGCCAGACCUCUCCGUCUUGGCAGAGUCGCAAGCAUUCCAAGGACAACCCUCGAACCUAGAGUACGGGUUUACUAGUACUCUGCUGGAGAGUCUUCCCAUCAGUAGACUUUCCCAAGACCUGUUGCUCACUGGCAGCUAUAGACUCGAUGUACCCGACUUCUCGCCUCAGUACGACACGUACUUUGAUGGAAAGAUGAUGUCCGAGUCCGAGUCUUCAGCAAGUCGCGACCAACAAUCAAGUCAUCCCAUUCAAGUUGCGAAGGCUGACCAAGUUAAAGUAAAAUGCACUUGGCCCGGAUGCUCAAAGGCUCUCAGGAAGGACAGUCUCGCCCGUCAUAUAAACGAGACGCACCAGCGGAAGGUCAAGGCCGUCUGCGUCUAUUGUGGAAAGAGGUUCGCGCGCCCAUAUAUGCUAAAGAAUCAUAUCUAUCGGGCCGAACGGAGAAUGUCCUAGAUACUGACAUAUUACGCACUCUAGAAUUACAAGUAUUGUAGCAGAACAGCCAAGCUAGCCAAGACCAA